GCCUCCGCCCGGGGGGCCCCCAUCCCCGGCUGUCCCCCAACUGCGCGUCCCCGCCCCACCCUCGCGGCCGAGCCACCACUGGAGCCCUGAGCGGUCACCCACCCCGUUACUUAGCCUCUUGGCAUCUUGGAUUUCGGGGCGGCCCCCUCCCCCACCUCUCCCUGCCUCUUUGCACCCCGCUUUUCUCUGCGUUUCGCUCGGGUUUCGUAGCCGUCUGUUUUUUUGCACCCUUUUUCGGUUUGCUUCCAGGCGGUCUGAGGGCCGAAGCUGCGUCGCACCCCUCCCCUUGUCAUCCAUCCCUACCCUGACAGCCCCCUUUCCAUCGCAGUCGGGGGGCCUAGCAUAGCAGCACCUCCGCCGCGCUGCCAGCACCCCGCCGCGCGUGGCCGUGCACCCCGGGAUUCGCAGCAGCUGCACAUCUGAGAGGGGGCUCCCUCGCUCUCAGCGCCUCUGCUCCCCGCACGCUCCAGCGCGUGGAGGGCUCCAGCGCGCGGCGCCCCCGCUUCUCCGCAGCCCCCCGCCCCGCGCCGGGACUCGCCCCGCGCCGCCAAGAUGGUCAUCCAGAAAGAGAAGAAGAGCUGCGGGCAGGUGGUUGAGGAGUGGAAGGAGUUCGUGUGGAACCCGAGGACGCACCAGUUCAUGGGCCGCACUGGGACCAGCUGGGCCUUUAUCCUCCUCUUCUACCUCGUCUUCUAUGGCUUCCUCACCGCCAUGUUCACCCUCACCAUGUGGGUGAUGCUGCAGACUGUCUCUGAACAUACCCCCAAGUACCAGGACCGACUGGCCACACCCGGCUUGAUGAUUCGCCCCAAGACGGAGAACCUUGACGUCAUUGUCAAUGUCAGUGACACUGAAAGCUGGGACCAGCACGUCCAGAAACUCAACAAGUUCUUGGAACCUUACAACGACUCCAUCCAAGCCCAAAAGAAUGAUGUGUGCCGCCCCGGGCGCUAUUAUGAACAGCCAGAUAACGGAGUCCUCAACUACCCGAAACGCGCCUGCCAAUUCAACCGAACUCAGCUGGGCAACUGCUCUGGCAUCGGGGACCCCACCCACUACGGUUACAGCACUGGGCAGCCCUGUGUCUUCAUCAAGAUGAACCGGGUCAUCAACUUCUAUGCAGGAGCCAACCAGAGCAUGAACGUCACCUGUGCCGGGAAGCGAGAUGAAGAUGCUGAGAAUCUGGGCAACUUCGUCAUGUUCCCAGCCAAUGGCAACAUCGACCUCAUGUACUUCCCUUACUACGGCAAAAAGUUCCACGUGAACUACACACAGCCCCUGGUGGCCGUGAAGUUCCUGAACGUGACCCCCAACGUGGAGGUGAACGUGGAGUGCCGCAUCAACGCCGCCAACAUUGCCACCGACGACGAGCGGGACAAGUUCGCCGGCCGCGUGGCCUUCAAACUGCGCAUCAACAAAACCUGAGGCCCCUUCCUCUCACCCCCACCUCUCUCCUGUGGAUGCUUCUGGAAUGUCCCUGACCCUGCCUGAUCCCUCCCUCACCCACCCCAAAGGUAUUUUUUAUAACAGAGCUAUGACUUGUCUGAGCCUCACACCUUUCUCCUUGACUUCUGAUGUGCGCUGUGACCCCCCUGGCUACACACAUUCCCCCCACCCCAACUUCCUCCAACCUUAGCUCGGCCGGAUCGGGGAGGUGGGUUACCCAGAAGGUCACGGAGUGGUUGGUUCUGCUGUGGUUGCGAGAGGAGUGUCCUUGCAGCUACCACUUCUGCCCCCCUUUCCUUUGGGUGCUACAGAAAACACCCACUUACCCACUGCCCUACACACAUGCACACACACACCCACACACACGCACACACACGCACGUCCCUCGUGUCAGCCCUCGGCUUUCUCACCUCCGUUCCUGAGCUUUCGUCUCUGUUCCUUUCUGUCCCCACCCUCCUGCUUGGUCCACGCUGUCCCUGUCUUGAAGGAUUUUGACCUCUCUGGCUCGCUCCCUAGUCCCGCCUCUGGAAGGCAGCCAUUGGUUGGUGCCUGAGCACAAGGUGGUUGGUUCUGUGGCCUUGCCCCUCUUCCCUGGCACAUCCUGCUACUUCUCACCCCAUGAGCUGGAAAACAGGGACUGGAAAAGGAGUCCCUAAGGAUCCUUCUCGAACAUCCUCUAGCGCCCCCUGGUUCCCUCCCUGUCCCUCCUGUCACCCCCAGGAGCCAGGACUGACUCAGGAGGGCAGGGUUGACCUGGGCUGAAUUCUGUUUCUAUGGAUGGUGCCCUUCCCCCGUUUGCCUUCCCAGAAUAUCCUUCAAGUUCCACUUCCCAGGGAGCUCUGGGGGAGGGGUGGCCGUCUUGGCCCCGUCCCUAGCGGCUACCUUGGGAAACGUGCUUGGCUGUGGGACUGCUCCACCUCCCUCCCCGAGCCAUAGCGGCGGCCCCCACUGUCCUCUCUCUCUGACCUUAGCAAGUCAUCAACAAAUCACUAAUCCCUUCUGUCUCCUGCGCAUGCCAUCCCCAAAGUUUCAAAUGCCCGCCUCCGUCCAGGAUCCGAAUUUCUCGGCUCCGUCUCUCCCAGAUCUUCUGCCUUUACAGGAAACACCCCAGAACACCCCUAGAAUGUUCAGUGAGGGCCCCCUGCCCCGAGUGUCUUAGCUUCUGAGGCAUUUUAACUUUUUCUCCCCCGUCCCUCCCUCCUGAUCUCUCUAACCCCCCCUUUCCUCUGUUAGUGCUGCCCCGCCUCCCCCCUCCCACGAGUCCCUCCCUUCUUCCUCUUGCUGGAUCCAUGUCUCUUCCCAUUGGGUCCUCAGGCUUUCCCGCACCCACCCCUUCCCCAGUGGUCUCUCUCUCUGCAGUUAUUUAAUGCCUGUGACAGAUCUACUGUAAAAAGAGGAUAAAGUACAAUAAAAUGAGAGCAACUAUAUAUAUAAAUAUAUAUCAC